UGGAGCAUGAAGACAGAAGCAUCUUCAGAUACUGAAUAGACCAUAGGUUACUGCACAAGAGGAGAGGGCUGUGGGACAUAUCAAACACCUGUUCUAAGAAGUCAGGAGAAGAUGGUUGGCUGUUGGUUUUUCACCUCUGGGCCAGUGUCUCUCAGUGCCAAAAUUGAGAGGAAGGGAUACUGUAAUGGGGAAGCCAUCCCAAUCUAUGCAGAAAUUGAGAACUGCUCUUCUCGUUUGAUUGUUCCAAAAGCUGCCAUUUUCCAAACACAAACUUACUUGGCCAGUGGGAAGACAAAAACUUUCCGUCAGAUGGUUGCCAAUGUCCGAGGAAACCAUAUUGCCUCUGGGAGUACAGAUACCUGGAAUGGGAAAACUCUGAAAAUCCCACCUGUAUCCCCCUCUAUACUUGACUGCUGCAUUAUUAGAGUAGAAUAUUCAUUAGCUGUUUAUAUCCAUAUUCCUGGUGCUAAGAAAUUGAUGAUUGAAAUGCCUCUGGUGAUUGGCACUAUUCCAUGUAUUGGAUUUUCAAGCAGAAACUCCAGCAUUACCAGCCAGUUUAGUAUGGAUAUGAGUUGGCUGGCACUGACCAUGCCUGAACACCCUGAAGCACCACCAAAUUAUGCUGAUGUAGUGUCUGAGGAAGAGUUCUCCAGACACGUUCCUGCUUAUCCACCACCAAUUGACUGUGAGGAACAAUUGUGUUGUCCUGUCUUUGCUUACAUACAAGAGUUCCGGUUUCAGCCUCCACCUCUUUAUUCAGAGAUCGAUCCACAUCCAACUGACGUAGAAGAAAUUCAGCCUGUUUCAUUCAUGCUCUGAAGAGGAUUUGUAAUGAGCAUCGUUGUGAUGAAUGUCUUAAUCUUUUUGCUGCUUAAGCUGAUAGUGCAGCUAAAAAGGAAACCAUUUUCUUGUUCAAAACUUAAGUUUCUGUCCAAGAAAGGCAAAAGAAAAUGGAGAGGGAGGUAUGAGCACGUUUGGUGAUGGAAGAGAAUCUGCUGGAUUAGUCUGCACAGAGGAUAUUGUGGGAGCAGCUAUGCUUGGGGUACUUGAGAAGUACCUGAAAAUCAUGAAUGCUUUCUAAAAAGUGGAUAUACUACAUAAAGUACAAGGAGAUGUAAGGAUCUUCUGAAAAGAAAAGAAUUUAUAUUUUGUUUGGAACACUCUGGAAGAAUUUAUGUAAUUAUGUUGAUGUUGUGAACGUCUGUAGAACUUGCAUAGUAGAACAGAAUAUGGGGAAAGAAAACAUUUCCAAAAGAUUUCAGUGUUCAAGGAGCUUCAGUUUUGCACUGUCUGCAUCCAAGAAAGGAACACUACGAAAAUGGGGAGUGAAGUCUUCACUCCAGCUGAAGUUUGUAUUUCAUGAGAAACCUGCCCUUCUAACGACUGCCAAGUGGAACUGUUUCAUCAUUCACAUGAUUCUAGAGACAUCGUGGAUGACAGAACAGCUGUUACACAAUAGUGGGAAGGCAACCAUUGACUGAAUGGAAGAUACAAGUAUGUAAAAGAAAAGAGAACUUUGUUAAGAGCUUAUGCACUACGCUUUCUUUCAAGGGAUUUCUUAAGGGAAUUAUUGUAGCCUCUUCUACUGUGAGUUCUUUUUCUGCAUCUUAAGCCUAUGGAUAGCAUAAUGAGGGGAAGCAUGGCAAGGGAGAAUCCUUUUGCCAACAGCAGGUGUACUUAGCAAAAUGGACAAUACUUAUUUAUUCAGAAGCCUUUAUAAGCCUACCUCUGUUUUGGAUAUUUACUUAAGGUCAGAUUUGAGACCAAAAAAGAGUCUUGUUAAAGCUCCAGUAUACUUCAAGGUUCUAAAAGGAAGCCAAAAUGGUUUCUGUGGUUAGAGAAUGAGAUAGGAGGCGUAGGGAGAGGUGUAAAUAUACCCAGAAUAGACAUAGCUUAUAACUGAAGUGAAAGCAAACACCAGGGGAACAAAAAAACCCUCUCAUAAUGGCACAAAGCUUUUCCUGCAUUUUUGUCUAGAGAUCUAUUGUCAGGAGCUGCACUGGUCAUUUGCUGUCUAUACUAUUUUUUUUUGUUGUUAGUGUGUUCCCUUGUUUGUUUCUCCUGUUUUGUUUUGGUGCAAUAUUUUCAUGUUUUCUUCCUCAGGUCAUUUAGAACAGUGAGUUUGUUGCUGCUAAGAGUGAAGGCACAACAUUUAACUUGGCCCUUCUGUUGCCUUCCUUUAAAGUAGAAUGUUUGCUUCCUGCCAAGCAUCCAGUGAACAAGCCACCAUCAAGGGAUCACUGAACAGAGCAGAAACACAGCAUUGUCAAUGUGCACGUUUACAGUCCAGUCUUUAAACUACAGGGAAUUUAGAACUACUAGAACUACUCCAUAUGUCUUAGGGAAGGGUUUGGGGUUAAAACCCGGUGCUUCAUGUGGUAAAACAUUGUACUUUCUGAUAACUACAAGUAUAGUAAUCGAGUUUCCUUCAUUUCAUCAAUAACUGCAGUUUUAAAAAGUUUAAAUUGUUUUUUAUUAAAUCUGUCUUCAUCUAAAAAGCAGGGAUUUUUCUACAGGCAUACAUGGAUUUAUAUUUUUAGUGGUCUUCUAGUAUGACUUCCUUCCAUUGUCUGAUUUCUAGCACUUCACCUCAAGCCACUUUGACAUCAGUGUAAAAGACAUACUGAUUGAGAUUCCCCUUACAAACUGCAGUUAUUUUUUUCAUUUGCAACUUUAAGUAUUGUCUUCUGUAGCAAAUGCAGCUUUAACCAAAAUUUGAGUGCAUGUUUUAGAAUGGACAUCCUAAAAAAUAGUACUUACCUAAGUCUCCAGAUGUAGCUCUCAUGCCUUUUGCCUGUACCACCAAUGCAGGAUUUUCAUUCACAUCACCUGGAAAGGGAUCAAGCAUAUUUUCCUUAAACAGAUACCAUUAUAGAUACUUGAAAAGAAACAUGACUGUGUAUUAACUUGCAUGUUAAUAACUCAAAAUAUUAGCUUAAAGAACAUUAGGUGCUUUUUUGGACCCUAGUACCCAAUAGGUGAUGUGUGCUGCCUGGUAUAAACAUGGUUAAGCAAACAAGAGCAUGAAGGGUAAAGUGCAUUUGUUUUUGUUUUGUUGUUUUUUUCUUAAAGUCUUUGAGUUAUUUUUUUAUUAUUAUUAUUUGCAGAUAAACUGUGGCCUUAGAUUGUUUGCUGCAAAAAAAGACAACUACAAUGUGCUUCUUAGAAAGCACACGUGGCCCUUCAAAGGAGGGGUGAAAACAAGAUUAAAUUCUGCUCUCUGACACUUGGCUUAGUGCAGAAAUUGAUCCUUAAAAUAAUUACUGUUUGCACAAUAAUAAGUUCAAUAUGCAGGGGCUUUGUUUUGAUAACUGUGAAACAGUUUAAAAGAGACAAAAUAAAAAUUAAAAAAAAACAUGCUGUUUAACACACAAGAACAUGAUUGUAUUUUGUACUAAUGAAUGAGCCCCAUGGGUUCUUUGUUAAUAAAAGUGUCAAAACUA